GUAGGAUCACUUAUUGAACAUGACUUUGGCUGUUGAUCUCUUGAACCCCUCUGUUGAACACGAGAAGCGUUCUCACAAGCUCAAGCGCUUGGUGCAAUCUCCCAACUCCUACUUCAUGGAUGUUAAGUGUCCUGGUUGUUUAAACAUCAGCACUGUCUUCAGCCAUGCUCAAACCGUUGUUUUGUGCUCUUCUUGCGGUACCGUCCUUUGCCAACCCACUGGUGGUCGUGCUCGUUUGACCGAAGGUUGCUCUUUCCGUAGAAAGGCCAAUUAAGCAAUUUUUCACCUUAUGUUUUUAUUACAAUGUGAAUAAAUCGGAAGGACACUUCGCCUUAAUAGUAAACAACA